AUGAACGGCAGCGGUGCCAACGGCGGCGGUGAUGGCAGCGCGCCCGCAGGGACCGAGUACACGCUGCAGGGUGUGAUGCGCUUCCUCCAGCUCGAAUGGCACAACCACGAGCGCGCCCGGAAUGCCUGGGACAUUGAGCGCGCCGAGAUGAAGGCCAAGAUUGCAAAGCAGGAGGGCGAGGUGCGCAGUGCGAAGAAGCUCAACGACCAGCUCAACAAGCACAUCCGCAUGCUCGAGCUGGCCCUCACCAACGAGCGCAAGAAAAAGGCCGACGCCGCCGCCGCCGCCGACGACAAGACAGACCCCAAGGGCAAGAAGAGCGCCCCGGGCCCGACCAAGCCCCAGCACACAAAGCACAACUCGUUCCUCGACGUCGACUCCGACUUCCUCGACCGCUCCGACGCCGACCGCGACAGCCUGCGCGAAAAGUCGAAGCUCUACCUCACCAAGUGCGUCGAGGAAAUCACCUAUCUCCUUACCCCUCCGCCGCAGCCGCAGCCGCCCCAGGGCCUGCAGGGCCUCGCAAACGGCACCGGCUUCCUGAACCAUGGCGACGCCUCCAUGGAAGACUUGUACCUGCAGCAGCACCGCCAGAGGAUGCAGCCGCACCUCCCCACCCUGCCCGGCACCACCAUGCCCAACCACCAGCCCAACCACCAGCCCCCCAACAUGCCCGUGACCUCGGAGCUGCAGAACUUGGCCGCCCAGCACCAGAUCCACCAUGCCCCGCAGAUGGCUCGCGAGCCGUCGCAGCAGCAGCCGCUGUCCCAGAACCCCAACAUGACGCAAGAACUCCUUGCACAGCAGCAGCGUCCCCUCCAAACCCAGCAGCACUAUUCGUCGGUCCCCGAGGAGCAGGUGGAAAAGGUCACGCACUCUUUUGACAACGAAGGCCGGCAAAUACAAGUGCAAGAGGAAGAAGUAGCGGCAGCGGCAGCGGCAGCAGCAGCAGCCUCGAACCAGGCGGCUGCCCAAGAGAAAGAGUCGGACGAUUGGAUUUUUGACCCUGCAUCCGAAGCAGCCCAGGAAGGCCCGCCGCGGAGACCAGACACGGAAGAGUUCCCGCCCGCAAACAGCAUACCUGCAAAAUCCCCGCCGCGGCCGGCUAAGAGGACAAGCAAAGACCAUACCAGGCGGCUGAGCAGCGACCAGAAAGCCCAACAAGCCGCCGCUCAGACGUUGUCAAAGACAGAUCCGCAGAGUUUCAAGGUCCGCUUCGCCCUUCGCGGUCAUCUGGACGUAGUACGGUCUGUCAUCUUCACAGGAGGUGGAAGUCCCAGUGAGCCAGAGAUUUGCACAGCAGGCGACGACGGCAUGAUCAAGAGGUGGAUGAUACCCGCCAGCUACGCAAGCCAGCACAGCAUGAACAACGACCUCGACAUCCAGCCCUUCUGGUCGCACAGAGGCCAUGAGGGCGCCGUGACAUGCCUGGCGGCUUGCCCAGCUUCGGCUCACUUUGCAACGGGCGGUAGGGUCUCUGGCGACGGCUGGAUAUUUUCAGGUGGUCAAGAUGCCACAGUCCGCGUUUGGGAACGAGGCCGCGUCGACCCAAAGGCUACUCUCGAAGGCCACACCGAUGCCGUGUGGACUGUGUGCGUCCUGCCCACUACUUGCGCCAACGUCUUCAAGGCCGACUGCAGCAAAUAUGGCGGUCCAGACCGAGUGAUACUGGCGUCCGGCUCUGCAGACGGGACCAUCAAGAUUUGGGCCGUCAGCGCACCGCCGCAAUUGGUGUCGCCUCAGACUGGAUCGCGUCGCGGUGUUGGUGGCAGUCGACGACACUCGGUCACCUCUGGCUCGAACCACCCCUCAUCACCUCAACCCAGCAUCGCCACCACCACUCCAUUCCAUUACAUGCUCAUACACACGAUUGAGCGUGCCACGCACCCCUCGCCUACCUGCAUCAGCCCGCUCUCUCCCACUGGCGAGAAUUUUGUUGUUUCCUUUACCGAUGCAUCCAUACUAGUAUACGACACAAGAACGGGCGAGGAGCUGAUUGGCAUGGCCAGUAAUGAGUCGUACGACGGCACCCCGGCGACUGGCAUCACCUCGGUCGUGACCAGCUCCCAGCUCCUGGACGGUGCAUCGCAAGAGGCAGGCCGAGGCGGGUCUGACGAAGAGGGAAUACACGGUCCAACUGGAUCCAACAGCAGCGGUGGCCUCGAGGGCGUCAUCAUAAGUGGGCACGAAGAUCACCUCAUCAGGUUCUUCGAUGCCAACUCUGGUCAAUGUACAUAUAGCAUGCUGGCCCACCCUGCUGCCAUCUCUUCCCUUUCUCUCAGCAAAGAUGGCCGUGAAGCAGUCUCUGCCGGUCACGACGCUUCCAUCCGCUUUUGGUCACUUGACAAGCGCAUCUGUACACAAGAAAUCACAGCGCAUCGCAUCAUGCGCGGCGAGGGCGUCUGUAGUGUCGUCUGGAGCCAGGACGGCCGUCUCGUUGUCUCGGCAGGUGGUGAUGGUAUAGUAAAGGUCUUUGCAAGAUAG